UCACCACUGUACUGUUAAAUAAUAACGCCAUUUUAAUUUCCUUCCUCUCUCUAUUAUAUAUAUCUUCAACUUGUUUCUUCAGUUCCCAUUUAACAUCAACAUUCAUAUCCAUUCGUCCUUCUCCUUUUGGCGGAUACAAGAGACAGAGAAUACUCGUGUAAGUUCUGAGUCAAUGAAGGACACUACCAUCUCCACGACCACCAUUUACAGUGCUGAGUCUGAAGCUGAACCCUUCAAGAUCUUCAUAGGAUACGACUCUCGCGAAGACAUAGCCUACGAGGUAUGUCGCUACUCUAUCCUUAAACGCGCCUCCAUUCCCGUGCACAUCACGCCCCUCAAGCUCUCCGAUCUGAGACCUCAAGGUCUGUACUGGCGCGAACGAGGCAAACUCGAAAGCACUGAGUUCUCUUUCUCUCGCUUCUUAACCCCACACUUAGCCAAUUUCCAUGGCUGGGCUCUCUUCAUCGACUGUGACUUCCUCUUCCUCUCCGACAUCAAAAACCUCGUUGACCUCGUCGACCACAAGUACGCUGUCAUGUGUGUCCACCAUGAUUACACUCCGACGGAGGCGACGAAGAUGGACGGCGUUGUCCAGACGGUGUAUCCGAGGAAGAACUGGUCGUCCAUGGUUCUGUACAACUGUGGACAUCCUAAGAACAAGGUUUUGAGUCCGCAGGUCGUAAAUACCCAAACAGGGUCUUAUCUGCACAGGUUUCAGUGGCUUGAGGAUGAUGAAAUUGGGAGUGUUCCGUUUGUGUGGAACUUUCUGGUUGGUCAUAAUAAGGUUGAUGAAAGUGAUGUGAAGAACAGUUUUCCUAAAGCUGUUCACUACACACUUGGGGGUCCUUGGUUUGAGGAUUAUAAGGACUGCGAGUUUGGGGACUUGUGGGUGAAGGAGAUGGAAGAGUACAAGAAGAGUGUAUGAGUUAAUUAAUCAGGGUCGAAUAUUAAGAAGGAGUUUCAUCAGAUUAAUUUGAAAGCAGAUUAUAUAAUCCAUAUCAUGUACUUUAAUUCUGGAUUUGGGAUCUACCAGGCUAUCUGGAUUUGGGAUCUACCAGGCUAUCACUGCCAGUGUCUGUCUGCAUGUGUGUUUGUGAUUGAGAGAGAGAGAGAGAUAAUCGUUAUGUUUGAAUAAAGUUAGUCUGUCGUGUGUAAGUGGACUGAUGGUACGUACUUUCCAUAAAUAGAGUGUUUUUUACUGGCAUUCAUAAAUGAAAA